CGCAUCACUCAAAUUUUUUUCCGAUUCUUGUUCUUUCGAUUGAUUCGCGAAAAAAAAUUUAUAUGUAUUUAUACGUACUUUCACACACACACACACACACACACAUAUAUAUAUAUAUAUAUAUAUAGAGAGAGAGAGAGAGAGAGAGAGAGAGUACGAAGCCUUCAAAGAAAACCAUAUUAGUCGUAAGUAUAUCGAACAGUUAGUCUCGUCAGUUUCUAAACACAAUACUUUUUUAUCGCUCAAUAAAAUUAUAUUUUAAUACGAGUAUUUAAAGUGUUUCACCCUCUUUCUCUCUCUCUCUUACUUUAUUUAUUUCUUAUAUCGUCAAACAAUACAAUUAAAACACAAGGAAAAAAUUAUAUAAAUCGAAAGAGAAAGGAGAGAAUAUCGAUCCGGUCAUAUGAGACAUACAAAAGGAAUACGCAAACGAAUAAAAAUGUAAUUGUAAAAGGAUAGGGCCGAGCCUUAGUGGAAAGGUUUGGAGAUCGUUAUUAGCGUUGCGCUUUCGAUUUAUCUCGAGAUCAGGGUGGCCCUCCGCCAACAAAGGCGCGGUUCAAUUUCUCGCUUGGACCCUUCCAACUUGCGAGAGAGAAGCGAUCGAUCAACUCGCUGAGAGAACGGCUUCGACAUAUAAAUAGCAUCAUCGUAGAAAUUCACGCGUAUGUUGGAAGUAAAAUCGUGAUCGGCGUCUUCUUCGAUCGCUUUAGUUUCUCGGUUAGAAAGCAAUAUUAUACCGAUGCCAUAAAACAUCGAGUACAUUUUUAUUGAUAUAAAGAGUUACAUCGUUUAUUUUAUUUUACAAUUUUAUUAGGAGAAAAAGAGAGAAACUCAAAAAUCAAAACAUUCUUCAUAAACAUUUAGGAAUAUCGAAUAUAAAAUUCGAGCGGUCGAGAAAUACAUUAUUAUCGAGGUUAGAUCGAUCAAGAUCUUGUGAGAGGUAUCUAGCAACUUCCGCUAAAGCGUCAAGGACUUUCCUCCGGUAUUUAAAUAAUUCAUUGCUUUCCCUGAAAAUUACAUUACACGCGCGAGAAUUCUGCUAUUCGCAGAAUGUAAUAUAUACGCAUUUACCAUCCAAGUGUAUCACGUAUUCCUUUCGAAUCUAUGAUUUUCGUUCCUUUGUUAAAAUAGAUGUGAAAAAUAAUGAGAUUCACUUCUGAAACUUGAAAUAGAAAAAAAGAAGAACCGAAUGAAAUUGUGCAAAGUGAAGUUGAUCAUAAAUCGAGAUAAUUAAAGUGCGAAGUUAUCGAUCUCAUACCCACCACGUUUCCAGUUCUCGUUUGGUUAUCUCACGACAAUGACAAUAACGAAGAUAACGAUCGUGGAGAUUAUUUUAAUAUCAUUUGUUUCAUCAUAAUGCAAAGAUUGCUUAUUAAAUGUGUUAGAAGUUUCCUUUGCGAACGGAAGUGUUUUAAGUAUUCAUCGUGGAUUUACUGACGACAAGAAAACAACGUGAAGAAGGAUAUUUAAUUUCAAGGUUCUUUUAAAAUUCGAAUCGUUCAUUUCAAUCUGUCGCUUUCGGGAGUAGUGAGCCUGCUGGGCCUCGCCGAUGACGACGAGGUCUUAGCAGGCACGUCCGAAGAAAGCAGGAAGAAAGCACUCUGGCAGUUCUACUCGACUGGGAUGUUAACCCAUAGUCACAGCGAUGGAGAAUUCCCCAUUUAUUCUCACGCUAAGAAACAAAAUGGCGCUGCCCUUCGAACGAACAGCCUGGGCUCUGGCGCGAGGACUCCUCCUCUUGAAAGGAAAAGCAAAUUUUCAGCCCUCGGUAGACUCUUUAAACCUUGGAAAUGGAAGCGGAAAAAGAAAUCGGACAAAUUCGAAGCCGCUUCUUUGUCCCUUGAAAGAAAAAUCUCUGUACGGGCUAGUAGAGACGAAUUGGUACAAAAGGGAAUCUUGUUACCAGUUAUAAGAUCGACGUCGUUUCCGGAAAAUGAAACAAUAAGUGACCUGACGGACACGCAAAAGCCACCGAGUCCUCGGCAAACUCCUCAGCAACAGCAACAACUGCAGCAACAAUCGCAACAGCAGCAACAACAACAGCAGCAACAGCAACAGCAGCAGCAGCAGCAGCAGCAGCAGCAGCAGCAGCAGCAGCAGCAGCAAGUACAACCCGUUAAUGUAGGUAACGGGGCUGGAAGCACUCCUGUGCCAACAUCGACGUCAACCGGUAGCUUGCAACAAUCCCAGCAAGUAACACCGAGUACGCCGACCCCAACGACUGCCAAUCCACAUUCUAGUGGAUCGCCCAGUAACCAUUCGUCUCCUCAUCCUCCACCUAAUUAUCCAGGAAUAUCUUCGUCCCAGGGAGGACAGACAAAUGGAAAUACGCAAGCGGCUGUGAAAACGUUCACGCCGAGUGGUCGGAGACGAAGACGUUGCGAAAAGCAGCAAAAGGUUCUGGAGCUUCCCGCUGGAUACGCGAUGCAACCAGAUGUCGUGCCCACUUGGGACGCAGCACCUCCGAUAACUCCGCCCGCGGCUUUUCUUCCGCCAGGAUACAAGAAGGGCUUUCCAGAGCCGAAGAAGGAAAAGACUGAACAAAAUGCAAAUGGCGCGGUUUCGCCAAGUGGUGAGACUCAGGUCAAUCAGAGCACGACUACGAGCGUUACGGUGCCUGUUUCAGGCACGACCUCGAAUACAGGAGAUCAACAAAAGCCGAAUAGGCCAAACACUCUCGAUGCCAGGGUUGUAGCCAGAAGACUGAUCUUGUUCGACAUGGAAAAGGGUGUCCUCGAUCAAAGCAUCGAAAAUCAACAGCAAGUGAUAGAGAGGUGUUAUCCUUUACCACCUCAAAACACUCUGAUGUUGUCGGAACUUCCGGAACCACCAAUUCCAUUGAGCGAGAUCGGACCGAUUCCACCACCUCCUAUGUUCAGCUCGCCGAGUCCCACAUUGGUAACGAGACAGCGACAACAACAAAUCCCUUUAUCGGAUUGCGAGGACGAAGUGUACGUGUCCUUCGUAGAUGACGAAGACAUCGACGUGGAGGAAGAAGACGAUAAUCUUUACGUCUUUAGGGUAUCUCAACCAGAUCCAGCGAUUGAUACAUCUAGAAUCGAAGAAAUACCAGCGAAAGAGCCUAAAUUCCAUGCAAUGCCAUUGAAAAGUGCACUGAAGAAAAAGGGAUCCGGUAGUGGUCCUGGAACACCGCAAAAUACACCGACGCAGGAAAACAGGCCAUUGACUCUUCGUCAAGAGCUCCAUGCUUCGUUCAAAAGGCCACCGUUGAGGCCUAGGAUGAGAAUAUGCAGUCGACCAGUUAGAUUCGGACUUGCUCUGCCAUGUACAUUGGAAAAUAAGGAGAAUGCAAGGCCUUAUGUUAUUCGAGAGGACGUUGAUGGUGAUAGUAACGACGGACAGGUUCUUUACAGGGAUGAGUACGAUGAUGAGAAAACUCGACUGGCAGCUAAAAUCGCACGCAAAGAAUCACUUUCAUUGAAGUUAGCCCUCAGGCCUGAUAGGCAGGAACUUAUCAAUAGAAAUAUACUUCAGUUACAAACGGACAAUGAGAGACAAGAAACGAAGGAGGCCAUUGGCGCUCGACUUAUCAGGCGACUAAGUAUGCGUCCUACUCAAGAAGAAUUGGAAGAACGAAACAUUUUGAAAAAACAAAGUCCUGCCGAGGAGAAGAAACAGAAGGAAGAGAAAAAACGAUAUCUUUUAAGAAAGCUUAGCUUUCGACCAACUGUCGAAGAACUUAAGGAAAAGAAGAUCAUCAGAUUUAACGAUUACAUCGAAGUUACGCAAGCUCACGAUUACGAUAGGAGAGCCGAUAAGCCAUGGACGCGAUUGACUCCGAAGGAUAAAGCAGCCAUUAGAAAGGAAUUAAACGAAUUCAAGAGUUCCGAGAUGGCCGUGCACGAAGAUAGUCGACAUCUUACCAGGUUCCAUAGGCCAUGACAAUUGCAAUGUGUAAAAAGGUGCUACAGUGUGGUGCAGGUGUAAUAGGUGAAGGUGCAGUGUGGUGGCCAUGUGUUGAAGCUGGAUAAAUCGAAUUUGCGUCUACCGUAAUUAACUAACAGAGUACGCUAUAUCCGACCAGUGACUGAAAAUCUUAAAAAAGAAAGAAAAAUACUUUGACGUUGCUAAGUUGUGUCGCCGGUUAUUGUUCAUUCACGCAUUGUUUAUCUAUUAUCUGCAACCGCCGUCGUCAUCGUCAUCGUCAUCAUUGUUAUCUUCAUAUGCAAAACAUAAUUGUUCUCAUCAUCAUCCGGCGAUCCAUGACCCGCAAUGUCAACUAUGCUUUUUCUAGCGUUCUCGCAACGCCGAUGAAGAUUGUGAUAGGGUGAUUUGCCUAGUUUAAAGAAAAUAAAUCAUGGUGGAUCACUCGCCGA